CGUGCUUGUGCUUCAUUUUGGAUUUUUCUUUUACACGCGGCAUACGAUAAAGAAGGUUAAGUUGCUGCUGGCCGCUAAGAGUUUCAGUGGUUUUUAAUUGAAUUAAAAUUUUAACUAAAUGAUCAGAGUGUGACGCGAUGUUUGUGCUCUACGAAACGCCGGCGGGCUACGCGAUUUUCAAGCUGCUGGAUGAGAAAAAGCUGGAGCAGGUGGACAAUCUGUACCUCGAGUUUGAGACUCCGGAAAAGGCCAACAAACUGCUGAAACUAAAGCACUUUGAGAAAUUCAACGAUACCACGGAGGCGCUGGCCGCUGCAACGGCGGCGGUAGAGGGCAAGGUAGCCAAACCUCUAAAAAAGACCCUUAAAAAGAUACUCGUCGACGACGUGCAGUCCUCGCUUUUGGUCGCAGAUGCCAAACUAGGCACCGCCAUCAAGGACAAGCUGUCGGUGCAGUGCGUCUACAAUACAGGUGUUCAGGAGCUGAUGCGUUGCAUCCGUCAGCAAGCGGACAGUCUGCUCGGCGGGCUGCCCAAGCGGGAGAUGACCGCCAUGGCUCUUGGUCUUGCCCACUCCUUGUCGCGUUACAAGCUUAAGUUCUCACCGGAUAAGAUCGACACCAUGAUUGUGCAGGCCCAGUGUUUGUUGGAUGACUUGGACAAGGAACUGAACAACUAUAUGAUGCGCGCCCGCGAGUGGUACGGCUGGCACUUCCCCGAGCUCGGCAAGAUCAUCACCGACAAUAUUGCCUUCGUUAAGACUAUUAAGUUGGUGGGCACUAGGGACAACAUGGCGGCUAGCGAUCUGUCUGAUAUUCUACCUGAAGAUGUGGAGGAGAAGGUGAAGGAGGCGGCCGAGAUCUCAAUGGGCACCGAAAUCUCCGAGGAGGAUGUGCUAAACAUUCAAUGUUUGUGCGACGAGAUCAUAUCCAUCAACGAUUACCGCAUUCACUUGUACGAUUACUUGAAGGCCAGAAUGAUGGCAAUGGCACCAAAUUUGACUGUACUUGUGGGCGAUACUGUGGGCGCUCGGCUAAUCGCUCAUGCCGGUUCGCUGAUUAAUCUAGCCAAGCAUCCGUCGUCCACCGUGCAAAUUCUGGGCGCCGAAAAGGCCCUUUUCCGAGCGCUAAAGACCAAGAAGGAUACGCCAAAGUAUGGUUUGAUCUACCACGCCCAGUUGGUGGGCCAGGCCAGCCAGAAGAACAAGGGCAAAAUGUCGCGUUCUUUGGCCGCCAAGGCAUCGCUGGCCACGCGAGUGGAUGCCUUCGGGGAGGAGGCCACAUUUGAGCUGGGUGCGGCACACAAAGUGAAGCUGGAGUCGCGACUGCGACUGCUGGAAGAGGGAAACCUGCGCAAACUAUCGGGCACUGGAAAGGCCAAGGCUAAGUUCGAGAAAUACCAGGCCAAGAGCGAGGUGUUCACUUAUCAACCGGAGGCCGACAACACCUUAAAUGUAAAGAAACGCAAGCACUCUGAGUCCGAGCAGACGCCUGUUAAGAAAGAAAUCCAGGAUGAGGUCAAGGAGGAGACGGUUGAGGAGGAUUCGGAAGUCAAAUCCGAAAAGAAGAAGAAAAAGAAGAAGAAGCAAAAGGACGAAGAAGCGGUUGAGCCUGAGGCCGACGAAGAGCCGACGCCAGCCAAGAAAAAGAAAAAGUCCAAGCACCAGGAGUAAUUCCCCACCUUGACUAGUUUUAGGUCUUAAGAAUUAGCAUCCUAGGUAACCUUACUGUAAAGUAUAGGAUUUUACAACUAUUAACAAGAGUAAAGUUUUUGUUGUACAUUAGAAAUAAAAAAAAAUAUUUGAAAAAAA